AUGUCCUCCCACCAAGCUGACGCGAAAGCCCUUCUCGACGACCGCGGCUACAGCGGCGCCCUCAUCCGCGGCCAAAACCCCGCGCUCCUCUUCGAAAAAGCCGUCCGAGACCGCAUCACAGAAUCCUACUAUUGGAAGGAGCAAUGCUUUGGUCUAAAUGCAGCCACGCUAUGCAACCGCGCUGUCGAGCUCACCUUCAUAGGCGGGACGUACGGAGGCAUGGGCAAACCUACGCCGUUUCUGUGUCUGGCUUUCAAGCUGCUGCAGCUUGUGCCGGAGAGGGAUAUCAUCUUGGAAUACCUCAACUGGAGCGAUGAAGAGGGGGAACAGGGGGAGGAAGAGGAAAAUGAGGGCAUCACGCUGGGCAGGCCUGGCGAAUUCAAGUACUUGAGGGCGCUGGCUGCGUUCUAUAUCAGAUUGGCCUGGGAGCCGGUGGAGAUUUACCGGACGCUUGAGCCGCUGUUGGCGGACUACAGGAAGCUAAAGAGGCGGACGAGGGAGGGGUUCACCUUGACGUUCAUGGAUCAGUUCAUCGAUGACCUUUUGACGAAGGACAGGGUGUGCGCAACGAGUCUGUGGAAGCUGCCGCCAAGGACUCAUCUCGAGGAUUUGGAACUCCUGGAGCCGAGGGAAAGCCCGUUGGGAGAUGAGAUUGAAGCGAUCGACGACGAUGAUGUGGAAAUUGUGAAUGGCGACAACACCGAGAGCGACGAUGGCGGCGAGGAGACUACGAAUGGGAGAGCUGUAGCCCGCCGACGAACCAGUGAUACACCUGAUGGUUGA